AUGGGCCCGCGGAGCCGCGAGCGUCGGGCGGGAGCAGUGCAGAGUACCAAUGACAGCAGCGCCGUCAGCAAGAGCUCCCUGGCCUUGCGCGGGUACGUGCACGACACCUUUGCCGCCUUGCUAGUUCCGGCGUCCGCGCGCCGCGCGCCGCUGAUCCACCGCGGCUACUACGUCCGCGCACGCGCCGUGCGGCACUGCGUAUGCGCAUUCCUGGAGGGGACGCGCGCGGCUCUCGGCGCGCCCCACAUUCAGAUCCUGUCUCUGGGCGCCGGCUCGGAUUCGCUGUAUUUUCGCCUUAAAGCUGCGGGCCGCCUCCCCGGGGCUGCAGUCUGGGAGGUGGAUUUUCCGGACGUGGCGCGGCGCAAAGCGGACAGGAUUCGAGAUACGCCGGAACUGUGCGCGUUAACCGGGCCUUUCCGGCGCGGGGACCCCGGGUCAACGCUAUGCUUCGAGAGCUCGGACUACCGCAUCCUGGGGCUGGACCUGCGGCAGGUGCAGCGGUUGGACCAGGCACUGGCCGCCGCUGGCCUAGACGCGGCCGCACCGACUCUGCUCCUGGCUGAGGCCGUGCUGACCUACCUCGAGCCGAAUAAUGCCGCGGCACUCAUCGCCUGGGCCGCCCAGUGUUUUUCUGAUGCGCUUUUUGUCAUCUACGAGCAGAUGAGGCCGCAUGACGCCUUCGGCCAGUUCAUGCAGCAACAUUUUCGGCAGCUGAAUUCACCCCUGCAUGGCCUGGACCGCUUUCCUGACGCGGAGGCCCAGCAGCAGCGCUUUCUCCAGGCCGGCUGGACUGCCUGCCGUGCCUUGGACAUGAAUGAGUUUUAUCGCCAAUUUCUCCCCGCAGAAGAACGCCGGCGCGUAGAAAAUCUUGAACCUUUUGACGAGUUUGAGGAGUGGCAUCUGAAGUGCUCCCACUAUUUCAUUCUGGCCGCUUCUCGGGGAGACAUUGUCUCCCAAACUGUAGUGUUCCCAGCAUCAGAGACGUUUCCUCGGAUAGAUCCUGCCUCCCCUUCUGGAGUCUUCCCUGCUCGUGUAGUCACUAGUGAUAGCCAGGGUCCAGACCUUAAGAGAUACGGCCAUGCCUCUGUCCUUUUGAGGCCAGACGUUAUUCUUAGUGCAGGAGGAUUUGGAGAAGAGGAGGGGCGGCACUGCCGAGUGAGCAAGUUUCACUUGCUCUCAAGAUACUGUGACUUUGAAUGGAAAGGCAAUCAAGUAUGUAGUUGGGGAACUGGAGCUCAGUGGGAUAGACGCCUUUAUCACACCAUGACAAGACUUUCAGAUACUCAGGUUCUGGUUCUGGGAGGGAGAUUGUCUCCUGUAACUCCCGCCUUGGGGAUUCUCCAGCUACAUUUUGGGAAACAUGUGGGUGGUAAAACUGAGGGCCUAAAUAUCACAGUCACAAAGGUGGGCCCAGAAGAUUCCACAGUGUCAUGCUGGCGCCAUUCAACAACAGAAGUGUCCUAUAAGAAUCAGAAAUAUUUGUUUGUGUUUGGGGGCCGCGGUGUGGCAGACCCUGUACUAAGUGACUGGCAUUUCCUACAUGUGGGGACAAUGGCUUGGGUCAGGAUCCCAGUGGAGGGAGAAGCCCCUGAAGGUCGGCAUUCCCACAGUGCCUGCAGCUGGCAAGGGGGAGCUCUCAUUGCCGGAGGUCUGGGUGCUUCUGAGGAACCGCUGAGCUCUAUACUUUUUCUGAAACCAAUCUCUUCUGGAUUCCUCUGGGAACCAAUAGCCAUUCAGCCUCCUGUUACCCCAAGGUACUCCCACACAGCUCAUGUGGUAAAUGAAAAGCUUCUGUUGGUUGGAGGGGUCUGGAUUCAUUCCUCCUCAGUUCCUGGAGUGACUGUUAUUGAUUUGUCUACCGGAUUGAGCUCUGAGUAUCAGAUUGACACAAUAGAUGUGCCGUGGCCAUUAAUGUUACACAACCAUACCAGCAUCCUCCUUCCUGAAGAACAACAGCUCCUGAUCGUUGGAGGUGGUGGAAACUGCUUUUCCUUUGGCACCUACUUCAACCCCCAUGCAGUGACAUUAGACCUUUCUUCCUUAAGUGCUAGACAGUGAAGACUGGACUUUUGAUAUAUUCAGGACCCACCAAAGUAGAUAAUAAAGGUUUCCAAAGCAAAA